AUGGCAGACCUUCAAGGUAGAAAGGUCUUCAAGGUCUUCAACCAAGAUUUCAUCGUCGACGAGAGAUAUACAGUGACAAAGGAGUUGGGUCAGGGUGCUUAUGGCAUUGUCUGUGCUGCGACGAAUAGCCAAACCAAUGAAGGGGUUGCGAUCAAGAAGGUAACCAACGUCUUCAGCAAGAAGAUUCUUGCGAAGCGUGCGCUACGUGAGAUCAAGCUGCUACAGCAUUUCCGAGGACAUCGCAAUAUUACAUGUCUCUAUGAUAUGGAUAUUCCUCGUCCAGAUAACUUCAACGAAACUUAUCUCUAUGAAGAACUCAUGGAAUGCGAUCUUGCAGCCAUUAUUCGUUCUGGGCAACCUCUUACUGACGCCCACUUCCAAUCUUUCAUCUACCAAAUCCUCUGCGGUCUGAAGUACAUCCACUCUGCGAAUGUCCUACAUCGUGAUUUGAAACCUGGAAACUUGUUGGUUAACGCUGAUUGCGAGUUGAAGAUUUGUGAUUUCGGCCUGGCUAGAGGAUUUUCGGUCGAUCCGGAGGAGAAUGCUGGAUACAUGACUGAAUAUGUUGCUACGAGAUGGUACCGUGCUCCUGAGAUCAUGUUGAGUUUCCAGAGUUACACAAAAGCUAUCGAUGUGUGGUCUGUAGGAUGCAUUCUCGCAGAGUUACUCGGCGGACGUCCAUUUUUCAAGGGCAGAGAUUACGUGGACCAGCUCAACCAGAUCCUUCACAUCCUCGGAACACCAAACGAGGAGACUCUCUCUCGCAUUGGCUCCCCAAGAGCUCAAGAAUAUGUCCGCAACCUUCCAUUCAUGCCAAAGCGACCUUUCCCGAACUUGUUCCCCAACGCGAACCCUGAUGCUUUGGAUCUCUUGAACCACAUGCUUGCAUUCGAUCCCUCUUCCCGAAUUUCUGUUGAGGAAGCCCUCGAACACCCUUAUCUUCACAUCUGGCAUGAUGCUUCUGACGAGCCUGGAUGCCCUACAACCUUCAACUUCGACUUUGAAGUCGUAGAAGAUGUAGGUGAAAUGCGAAAGAUGAUCUUAGAUGAGGUUGCCCGAUUCAGACAGCAUGUGCGAAUCCAGCCAGGUCAACAAGGACAAAACCAAGGUCCUGCAGUGCCAAUUCCAGCAGGAGGUGGUAGCUGGGGAGCCGAGGACCCCAGACCCCAGGAAGCAUACGGGCAAGGAGGUGCUGGCUUGGAGCAGGAUUUGCAAGGCGGUUUGGAUGCUAUGCGUCAAUAG